UAUUAAAAAGAAGCGGUAUAUGAGCCAUCGUGUCUAAGAUGGCGGCUGACGUCGCCAUAACGCAGCCUCGCUCCCUGGGAGCUGACCCAGCGUACGCUGACCCUGCGUUCUACGAUCCCAGCGCAGUCGCUGCACCGCAAAGCCUGCAGUACUACCCUGGUUACUCCCAGCAACCUGACUACUACCAGCAGGGAGAAGACUACUACCAGCAGGAGGCUGAUCCGUACGCAGAUUACGAAGGAUAUCCAGAGUACGAUCCAGCUGGUGAGCAAUACGAGGAUUACCAGGAGGAAUACCCGAGCGACUACCCCUACCCUGAGGGCGGUGACGGGUACGACGACGGUUACUACGACGAGGAAGAGGGGCCUCAAUACGACGGGUUCUACCCCGACAACGCAGACCAGUUCAGGGACGUGUCCAUCUACCAGCGAGAGCCGCGUCAGCGAGGCGAAUACGUCAUAGACGACGACGACGACGACGACGAUCGCUUCGCCGUCAGGGAGUCCCGGCAGCCCCUGGCGCAGGCAGUCGCCCCCGCCCGGCGCGCCCCUCGCACGGAGAUCGUCCUCGACACUCCGGGAGAAGAAGACGACCACAUCGGGUACUCCACAACUCAUGCCGACUACCCAGCCCACGACCUAAGGCGCGCACCACGCGAGCGCCCCCUACGCGUCUCGGGCGAAGAGAUCGUCAUCGACGAAGACGUCGAUCCUCUUCACGCUGACAGCGAGACCCGUCGCGCCUACGGCCCUCCACCCCGCCAACCCAGGGAGCCCGUGGCGCGAUCCAAAUCCUACGGGGAGAUCGUGAUCGACGAGGAUCUCGCGGGCAUCCCGCAGGAAAGUGAGACCCGGCGGGCAUACGCCGCACCCCCUCGUGACCAAAGGCAGCAAAUCAGGAGGUCUAGAUCACUUGGGGACCUGAUCAUCGUCGACGACGAGGCUAGGAGUGAACUGCCGCAAGCCAGCGAAAGCCACGCUGCGUAUCCGGCGUACGACCGCGUCGCGCGGCCGCAGCGAGUACAGUACGCAGCUGGAUACGAGGGCGAGUCACUACCAUUGGAGACGAACACCGAGACCAAGUCCCAGUACGUCGAGCAGACAGGCACUCGACCUCGGCGCCGCCAAGACGCCUAUAUCUACUCGAAUGAAUACCUUCCUUUGGAUGACAGUGAAACUAAAUCUCAAUAUAAAGAAGUCAGGGGAGGUCGCCAACCACCGAUCAGAGCGAAGACAAGCCUUCGGCACACUGGUGUGUCAGGCAACCUAACCGAAACCCACUCGAGUUAUCAAGAGAAAAGAGGGGAACGAGCUCGCCCCACUCGACUAGGCACGAGUCUCAAGCCACAAGGAGUAUCAGGAGAAGGCAGUGAGACACAGCAAGAGUUUAAGUAUAAGACAGCUCGAGUUCAGCGACCAGGCAUCAAGCAAGUUGGGAGCCUCAAGCAGUCCGGAGAACUGGAUGGCAAAUCUGAAACUAAAGAUCGCUACACCGAUAAGAAAGUUCCGCGUUCGAUAUUGAGAAAAGUUUCAGAUAACAUCAAGCCGGAAGGAAGCUUCUCAAAAGAUACUGAAUACGACUCGAAGUUUCAGAAUGUGCCUAACGGAAAACAAAGGCCUGUAAGGAAGUCAGAUACUUUAGCUCAAAGUGGUGAGUUGCAGAAAGAGACAACAUACGUGACUACCUACACGGAAAAACAAGCCCCCAGAUCUAAGGCUGCCAAGAAACAAGAUAAUCUUGCAUCUGAAGGGACUUUGGAGCAAGAGACUGAGUACGACCUGAGAUACAAAAAGUUUCAGGCUCAGAGAUUUCGCGGAGAUAAAAAAAGCGAUAACCUCAAGAUCGAAGGAAGCCUUGACCAAAACACUGAAUAUGAACAAAAUUUUGGAAUUAAAAAAACUCAACGACCUCGCGGAAAGAGAAUAGAAGAUAACCUGAAAUCAGAAGGGGAAAUCGAAAAGUCUUCAGAGUACGAUCAACGAUUCCAAAGAUUGUAUGCAGUGAAGCCCAAACAAAAAAGGCAAGAAGACACACUCAAAUCUGAAGGUGACUUGCAAAAGGACACCGAAUAUUAUCAACGAUUUAAAGCAGUGAACACUAGCCGCCCUUCGAAAAUAAAAGCACAGGAUAACCUGAGAGUGCAAGGAGAACUUCAAAGUGAUACAGAAUAUGACAAGAAGUUUAAAGGCAUUGCUGGGGCACGGCCUAAACAGAUAAAAGUGAAAGGCAGUCUAAAAGUUGAAGGCGAACUUCAAAAAGAGACCGAGUACGACGGUCGUUUCCGGGGACUGAACGCAAUUCGACCCAAGAAAGUGAUUGGAAAAGACACGUUGAAAAUAGAAGGUGAUUUGUCAAACGGGACUGAAUACUACCAGAAGUUCCAAGGUACUCGAACUACUCGACCUCCUAAAGUAAAGGCAGGAGAUAAUUUGCGAAUCGAAGGAGACCUAGCGAACGGCACAGAGUACGAGAGGAGGUUCAAAGGUGCCAGAGGUGUUCGCCCAUUAGUUGUUCGUGGACGAGAUAAUUUACAAAUUCAAGGAGACCUAGAGAAAGACACCGAGUACGAUAAAAGGUACACAGGUGCCCGAGCAUUGAGACCUAAGAAGAUCAAAGCUACUGAUAACUUGCAGAUCCAAGGCACGCGAGAAAAUCAUACAGAAUACGAUCAGAGAUAUCAAGGAGCAAGAGCUGCGCGACCCAAGAAGGUUAAAGGACCGGACAACUUAAAGAUUCAAGGGAAUCUCUUUCAAGACACAGAAUAUGAUCAAAAAUUCCAAGGAACUAGAGGUGCUCGCCCUGCAAAAGUCAUAGGUAAGGAUAAUCUGCGUAUUGAAGGAGAUCUAGAAAAAGAUACCGAGUACGAUCAGAGGUAUCAAGGCGGCAAAGCAGCUCGACCUGCAAAGGUUAAAGCCGAAGAUAACCUUCACAUUGAAGGAGAUCUAGAAAAAGAUACCGAGUACGAUCAGAGGUAUCAAGGCGGUAGAGCAAAUCGACCUGCAAAGGCUAAAGCCGAAGAUAACCUUCGUAUUGAAGGAGAUCUAGAAAAAGAUACCGAGUACGAUCAAAGGUAUCAGGGCGGCAAAGCAGCUCGACCUGCAAAGGUUAAAGCCGAAGAUAACCUUCGUAUUGAAGGAGAUCUAGAAAAAGAUACCGAAUACGAUCAGAGGUAUCAAGGCGGCAAAGCAAAUCGACCGGAGAAAGUUAAAUCCGAAGAUAACCUUCGCAUUGAAGGAGAUCUAGAAAAAGAUACCGAGUACGAUCAGAGGUAUCAAGGCGGUAAAGCAACUCGACCAGCAAAAGUUAAAGCCAAUGAUAACCUUCGUAUUGAAGGAGAUCUAGGAAAAGAUACCGAGUACGAGCAACGGUUCUUAGGUGCGAAAGGGAAUCGAGUCAAGAAAAUCAAAAGUCAAGACCAAAUUCGAGUUGCUGGUGAACUCCAAAAGGAAACCGAGUACGGCCAAAAAUUUCAUACCAAAAAACCUGAGCAGUCUUCAAAACCGACUUCCCAAUUUACGCGCAGACCUUCUGUGGAGUUAAAAGAGGAUUUGGAGUAUAAAAAAAAUUUUGUCGCUAACACUGGUCGAAAGGUGACUCCAAAGAAGGGUGCAGAUAAUCUUCGCGCUAGCGGUAAAUUGAACGCAGGUACCGAAAAUCUAAAGCAGUUUGCAGGGAACGCCAGUAGCAAAGGAAAAGCAAAGCCCCAACAAGACAAUUUGCGAUCUGACGGACAAUUCCAUAAAGAAACAGAGUACGAAGGUAAAUUUUUGGGGCUGAACAAGCCGAAAACUAAAGGCAGCAAGCCAGCUGAUACUCUUGAAACCAAGGGAGAUAUUACAAAAGAAACUGAGUAUAAUGAGAACUUCCUGCCUUCGUCCUUAGCAAAGACUACUCAGCUGAAACCUGUCGACAAUCUUCAGACGAUUAGUCAGCUGCAGCAACAGCAACAGCAGGAGCAGGACGACAUAGCUGAUAGCAUCCCAAACCAAAUUACACAGAACCAAGAAGAGGAACAACAGCCCUCAUUAUCAUCGAAUAUUCUAGAUGACGAAGAGAUAGAAGAAGAGACCGAAGAGGUCGUCGAUGAAGAACCUGAGGAAGACAAAGUUCAGCGUGAGCAGAACUUUGAAAAAUCUGGGCUACCUUCUGGUCCUGGACUCACUAUCAUUGGCGGUACUGGCAAUAUUCGGCUCGCUAAUCAAGAAGAGUACCGAAAUAAUUACAAAGGAACUCCUAUGAAAGGUUUUCUCCGCCGUAUCAUACCAGCUUAG